AUGGGUGAUAAAGAGACAAAAAGUGACAUUCACACAUGCUUCCCUCCCAUUUUAGAACUUCGCAGACUGAACCAACAACGAUUCGCUGGACACAAUAAGUGGAGUAAGGUGAAGCAUACCAAAAACGCUAAGGAUGCCAAAAAAAGUUCAAUGUACUCAAAAAUAGGCCUUGAAAUAACCGCUGCUGCCAAAGCUGGCGGGACUGAUCCAAUUACUAACAACAAGUUACAGGCGGCUUUGAACAGAGCAAAAUCAGCCAACAUGCCGAAAGAUACCAUAGAAAAUGCAUUGAAAAGAGCCUUGGAUAAAAAUAAGGAUAGUUUAGAAAAAGUGACUUACGAAUGCGUUGGUCCAGGGGGGAUAGCGAUGAUUGUAGAAACAUUGACAGACAACAAAUCACGUACGGUGAAAGAAGUGAAAGAAGUAUUAAAUAGAGUAGGUGGUUCUGUCUCGUCUGUGGGUUAUUUAUUCGAUAAAAAAGGAAAAGUGACAUUUACAGCGGGACAAUCUGGACAUAGUUUUGAACAGAUAAUGGAUCAUGCAAUUGAGUGCGGUGUGGAAGAUAUAGAAGAAAUACCAGCAGACGAAAUUACUGCACCUGAAGGAGAAACCGAAGGAAACACUGAUAACCUGAUAGAGGUGAUUUGUGAGUUCUCGGAACUUAAUAAUGUUUCAAAGGCUCUGAUGGAUCGGUGUCAAUAUGAAGUCCAAGAAAUCGGACCUGUAUACAUUCCAAAUAGUACGGUAGAAGUUAACGAUGAGGAGACAAUUGAAGCAGUAGAAAAAACAUUUGAAAGAAUGGAAAAUUUGGCGGAUGUUGUAAAGAUACAUACAAAUGCAAGCUUUGCAAAUUAA